AUGUUCACCAACACUCUCAAGGUCUUGGAAAUAGGAUGGUCAAUGGCAUCAAUGGUCUCGAGAACAUCGUCAACUUGGUCGUAUUUGCCCAUGUACAGAAGUCCCAGUCCAAGAGACAUGAAUCUGAUCCAUUUCGAAGUGAGCUCCGAAGUCUCCUUCUCCAACAGUGUUUGCAAAAUAGUGGAUGUAAUGUCACCGUUGCAAGUUCCAACGAAAACCAAAUGCAAUUCCAAUACCGGUAAUGGCAGAAACAAUCAUCUUGGAGUCUAUGUUAGAAUCGCUGCUGAUGUAAUCCUGGAGCAACAACAAAGUAGGGUCAACCUCGUCGUGGACACUGGUGGUAGAAAUACCCAUUCCCAAAAGAGCACCGGCUCUGACCUCGCUUUGUUCGGAAUACAAGUACUUGUCCAAAGUUUGAAGACCCUCGUUUGCGUCCCAGAGGUUGAUCAAACCCAAAGAUGCGGUGGUCAAAAGCAUUCCUUCUCCCUUGGUUCUGUAUAUCCACUUCUCGUCGCUGAUCAGCUUCUCUGUUCCGUAACCGGCGUUGGCAAAUGCACUAACGAAAGCUGCGGCCAAGUUUUGUUUGGCACUCUCCAAUCUAGAAGUGUGGCCAAAUGUGGAGUUCUCAAGGUGAGUCUUGUAAAUGUCAUCAGGAACCUUCGGCUUCAACAAGUUGAGCUCACUAACAAGGUAUUUGUAGUACUCGCUCAACUUGACGUUGGAAAUACACUCUUGAACGGCCUCGUUGUCGAUCUUGAAACAGGAGUUUUGUCUAGCAAGCAUGAAAGCCAAUUGUUUUUGCACUAA